UGCAGGAAUCACAGCCAUGGCCCCCACCUGCCAGGAUUCGGUCGACAUGGAGUCUGUGCACAUGAAAACAAAGAUCUUGCCAAGGCGAGAGAAGCUCUUCCUCUUCUAGAGGACUCUAGUAACUGUGACAUUGUAAAGGCUACUCAAUACGGGAUUUUUGAACGAUGUAAAGAGUUGGUAGAAGCGGGAUAUGAUGUCAGGCAACCAGACAAAGAAAAUGUGUCACUUCUUCAUUGGGCUGCUAUUAACAACAGGCUGGAUCUCGUAAAGUUUUAUAUUUCAAAAGGCGCCGUGGUGGAUCAGCUGGGUGGAGACUUAAAUUCAACUCCUCUUCACUGGGCUGUCAGACAAGGGCAUUUACCUAUGGUCAUAUUAUUACUACAGUAUGGCGCAGACCCCACUCUCAUUGAUGGAGAGGGAUUCAGCUGCAUCCACCUGGCAGUAUUAUUUCAGCACAUGCCCAUCAUAGCAUAUCUCAUCUCUAAAGGACAGAGUGUGAAUAUGACAGAUUUAAAUGGGCAGACACCUCUAAUGUUAGCGGCUCACAAAGUACUUGGGCCAGAACCAACUGGAUUUCUUUUAAAGUUUAAUCCUUCUCUCAGCGUGGUCGAUAAAAUACACCAAAACACUCCGCUCCACUGGGCCGUUGCAGCAGGCAACGUGAAUGCAGUCGAUAAACUUUUGGAAGCUGGUUCUAGCCUGGAUGUCCGAAAUGUUAAGGGAGAAACACCUCUUGAUAUGGCUUUACAAAACAAAAAUCGGCUCAUUAUCCACAUGCUAAAAACGGAAGCCAAAAUGAGAGCCAACAAAAAUUUCAGACUUUGGAGGUGGCUGCAGAAAUGCGAGCUCUUCCUGCUGCUGCUGGUCUGUGUGAUGACCAUGUGGGCUGUUGGAUACAUACUGGACUUCAAUUCAGACUCUUGGCUUUUGAAAGGAUGUCUUCUGGUAGCAUUGUUUUUUCUGACAUCUUUGUUUCCAAGGUUCUUGGUUGGAUAUAAGAGCCUUGUUUACUUUCCAACAGUCUUUCUGCUAAGUUCCAUUUUUUGGAUAUUUGUGACUUGGUUCAUCUUCUUCCUUCCUGAUCUAGCAGGCACCCCUUUCUAUUUCGCUUUCAUCCUCAGUAUAGGAGCCUUCCUCUACUUUUUCUACAAGACUUGGGCAACCGAUCCAGGCUUCACUAAGGCUUCUGAAGAAGAGAGGAAAACGAACAUCAUCACCCUCGCGGAGACGGGCUGUCUGGACUUCAGAACAUUUUGUACAUCAUGUCUUGUAAGGAAGCCGUUGAGGUCACUCCAUUGCCAUGUGUGCAACUCCUGUGUGGCUCGAUAUGAUCAACACUGCCUGUGGACGGGACGGUGCGUAGGUUUUGGCAACCAUCACUAUUACGUAUUCUUCUUACUUUUCCUUUCCGUCGUGUGUGACUGGAUGAUGUAUGAGUCUUUCAUCUAUUGGUCAGAUCAUUGUGCCACGACCUUCAGAGAAGAUGGACUGUGGACCUACCUCAAUCAGAUUGUGGCCUGUUCCCCUUGGGUUUUAUCUGUCUUCAUGCUAGCGACUUUCCAUUUCUCAUGGUCAACAUUUUUAUUAUUAAAUCAACUCUUUCAGAUUGCUUUUCUGGGCCUGACCUCGCAUGAGAGAACCAGCCUGCUGAAGCAGAGCAGACAUAUGAAGCAGACGUUGUCGCUCAGGAGGACCCCAUACAACCUUGGGUUCACACAGAACCUCGCAGAUUUCUUCCAGUGUGGCUGCUUCGGCCUGGUCAAGCCCUGCGCGGUAGAUUGGACGUCUCAGUACACCAUGGUCUUGCACCCAGCGAAGGAGAAGGUUCUUCGCUCAGUGUGAAGAAAAGAAGCCCAAAGUCUCACUCGGAUUUGUUUCUGUUUCUGUUGCUGCCCUGGAGUCUGCAAGCGAGAUGAAGCCGGAGAUUCUCCGGAGACCCGUGGGGUACGGUGGUCUGUAAGCCGUUGGUGAGAGCAGUUCUCAGUAAGGGCAUUACGCUUGUUUAGGUUUAGCAAGACGGACCGUUCCUGAACAAUCUCCAGACAUCUGAAACAGCUUUUAUAUUUUUCACAAGAAAAUGCAAGUUACGUUUUUUGCAGAUAAUAUUCACCAAUUAUGGGUAAAAUGUGGUAUUUUCAGAUAUUUUAUUGGCUGUUUCAAGAGUGCUAUUCUUUAAACUUGUAAUUUUUGAUAAAUUAUUUGUCUUUGUUUUAUCUAUAAAUAUGUAAAAAAAUAUUUAAAUAGAUGUACCUGUUUUGCUUUCACACUUAAUAAAUUUUUUUUUUGUUUU